AUGGGUGGUCUAAAAAGAUGCCUUUUUUGAUGACGUAAUAUAUAUAUGGAUGACCCCUAUUUACAGCCCAACCAGGUCCUUCCGCCGACACAGGGACCACGUGGCCUUUUAAAUUGCCGCCGCCGCCGAUUGAGGACCCCUGCCCGUUCCAGGUUAUGAGGACGCUGCAAAUUCUGAGCACGGCGAUUUCCUCAAAAAGACAACAACAAAGACUACUUGGCACGUAUUCUGAGACAUCGCCGAGUGUGUCAGUUCCCUGUCCCAAAUGUCACACCCAGGUCGUCGUGACCUCAAAAAUUCUGGAAGACGCCAAAAAGCCGAGGAACAAAGGUUUACAAAAUAUUAGAAACGUGGAAAUCGAGCUACGCGCUAGAGGCCAAGAAUUGCCCGCGUGGAUGAAGGCUUAUCGCGAAGGAAAAAUGAUGGACGCGGCCAAGUUGGUGCACGAGCACUACGUUGCGCGCAAGAAUAGCGCAAGUACCAGCAACGUCGCGGUUCAAGAGGCCACCACGUCGUCGUCGGAACAGGGGCCGCCGUCCACCGUCGGGCCAGAGGAAAACGGGCCCACGCAAGAGAAAACCGAGAAGCGUUCCAAUUCGGAAUAAAUUUGAUAUCUGCGAUUUCGAAUUUCACGAUUUUUUAAAAGUUUCCUUAAAUUUCUUAAAAACUUUAAGUGUGCAUUUUUUAAAGUAAUUUUCUCAAGAUUUUUACUAGAUUAAAUCUAAAUAUAUAUUUUAAUUUUACGAGUUCUUCCCCAAUCCUUAGAUUUCUUAAAAAUUUGAAUUGUGUAUUUUUUCAAUUAAUUUUUUUGCUUUUUAUCAGAUUCUAAACGCGUCAAAAAACUAUCUCAAAUUGCCAGAAAUAGAGUCAGAUUUAAACUCGGUAAACUAUGGUAUUGAUUUUUUGGUCAUAAAUUCCUACCGGAUUGGUAACAAUUUGUUACCAAGUCCCUCCCCACUAUAUUUCAUGAAGCGAUAAAUGUAUAAAAUUUACAUAUAAAUAAUCUUUCCUUGGCAAUCCUAUUGCUCGUUAUGGAAUAAAUGAUCGCAGGAUAUUUUCGCGCGAAAAUCACGUGCCCACUUGAUUACAUUGGGAGCGGGGUGAAAUUCAAUUUAAACCUGCGAUCAUUUAUUCCUUACUGUCCAAUAUCAAGCUCUUUUAUAUUUAUUUUUUUUCUGUGCAAAUUUAAUUCAAAAUUCCUUCGUGUUCUAAACAUUGUU